AAGCUCAAUGAACGAUGGACAGAAGUGCACACAGCAGCAUUCCUAGAUCUAAAAGCAGCUCUAGUGGCGAGACCCAUUCUACAAGCACCAAAGUACGACGGGUCAAACUUCAUAGUCACUUCAGAUGGGUGCCAGGAAGGAUUUGCAGCCGUACUAAGCCAGCAUGUAAGGCUACAAAAACCAUCGGGUAAA